AUUUGUUCCGUUUGAUAGAUUAGAGUGAACAGAGAAGAAGAGCCAAAGCCCAAAGCUAAGAUUUUUGAAGGAUAAGUUUCUCUAAAAGCUCCUAUGAACUCUCGAGAACUCGCACUCGUCUCUACCUCUGCAAUCUUCGGUGCUUUGGUUUCAGCUCUAGCGUUUCGCUUCUUCUCUCCAAACCCUAAAUCCCGAAGAGUUGGUAUUUCCACCGAAAUCGCCGCAAUUUCCAGAAAGUUUCAGUCUCUAGAUCCUUUCAGCCCUCUGAAACGAAAAGGAUACUUAUCAUGGGAUGAUUAUUUCAUGGCGAUUGCAUUCCUUUCUGCAGAACGAUCAAAGGAUCCUAACAGGCAGGUUGGUGCAUGUUUAGUGAGCCAAAAUGGUGUGAUUCUGGGGAUUGGCUAUAAUGGUUUUCCAAGAGGCUGCUCAGAUGAUAGACUUCCUUGGGCUAAGAAAUCGAAAACUGGGGACCCAUUGGAGACGAAGUACCCAUAUGUUUGUCACGCUGAAGUUAAUGCCAUACUAAACACAAACCAUGCAUCUGCAGCUGGCCAGAAGCUUUAUGUGACCAUGUUCCCAUGCAAUGAAUGUGCAAAGAUUAUUAUACAGUCUGGUGUUGCUGAGGUAAUUUACUUUGUGGAAAAGAGACUAAAUGACUCAGAUGUUGCUUAUGUAGCCUCUCACAAGCUCUUAUCUCUGGCCAAUAUCAAAGUUAGGAAACAUCAACCGGAGAUGGAUCAGAUCUUGAUCAAGUUUGAAGAACACUUACUCCAACCAGACACCUAAUUGUUCCAAUUCAAAUUGUAGGACCAAAUCCGAGAAUCUGAACAUUUACUGUAUUUCAAACGUAUUCACUCAAAGACGGGAUCUUUCUUCUUUUA